GAAGAUGGAGGGUGGGGGUUGGAUAUAGAAGGGCACAGCACAAUGUUUUGUACAGCUCUGAACUAUGUGAGCUUGAGAUUGCUUGGAGAAGAAGUGGAGGGUGGAGAAGGUAGCAUGCAGAAAGCAAGGGCCUGGAUUCUUCAUCGUGGUGGAGUCACUCACAUUCCUUCAUGGGGCAAACUCUGGCUCUCUGUUCUUGGCGUAUACGAAUGGAGCGGCAUGAAGCCAAUUCAGCCGGAGAUUUGGUUGCUUCCCUACUGUGUUCCUUUCCACCCGGGAAGGAUGUGGUGUCACACUCGAUUACUGUAUCUACCAAUGUCGUACUUGUAUGCAACAAGAUUUGUUGGUCCAAUCAACGAAGUUAUUUUAUCCCUCAGAAAAGAGCUCUACACCCUUCCCUAUCACUUACUUCACUGGGAUGAGGCAAUGAAUUUAUGUGCCACGGAAGAUAUGUACCGUACUUGUCCAACGAUGCAGAAUAUUCUAUGGAGUUUUCUUUACAAUGUAGGAGAACCUCUUGUCAUGCGAUGGCCCUUCUCCAAGCUAAGGCAGAAAGCACUCCAUCGUGUAAUGCAACAUAUACACUAUGAAGAUGAAAACACAAACUACCUUUGUAUUUCAGCCAUUAGUAAGGUACUAAACAUGGUUUGCUGUUGGGUGGAGAAUCCCAAUUCCCAAGCAUUUAAGUGUCACAUUUCAAGAAUCAAAGACUAUCUCUGGGUGGCUGAGGAUGGAAUGAAAAUGCAGGGAUCUAAUGGUUCACAAUUUUGGGAUCUUGUUUUGUCUGUUCAAGCAAUCUUAGCUACCAAUCUCGAGGAUGAAUAUGGUUCAAUGCUUAAGAGAGCAAAUAAUUUCAUAAAAUGCUCACAGAUUACAGAAAACAGCUCUGGUAAUCCAAGUUCUUGGUAUCGCCACAUUUCUAAAGGUGGUUGGCCUUUUUCAACUGCAGACAGUGGUUGGCCUUCCACAGACAGCACUGCAGAAGGCCUGAAGACAGCCAUUCUGUUAUCAGAUUUGCCAUUUGAGAUAGUGGGAAAAGCAGUGGAAAUUGAACACCUAUACGAAGCUGUUGAUUUAACAUUAUCCCUACAGAACAGAAGUGGAGGAUUUGCAUCAUAUGAGCUAACGAGAUCUUACGCAUGGUUGGAGAGAAUGAAUCCAACAGAAACAUUUGAAGAUAUCAUGAUCGAUCAUCAGUAUGUAGAAUGCACAUCAUCAAUAAUUCAAGGUCUUGCCUUAUUCAGAAGACGAUAUCCAACGUAUAGAAGGAAGGAAAUAGAAACUUGUAUUGCUAAGGCAGCAAACUACAUCGAAAGCAUGCAAUUAGCUGAUGGUUCAUGGUAUGGAUCAUGGGGAAUCUGUUAUACCUAUGGAACAUGGUUCGGAAUAAAGGGACUUAUAGCUGCAGGGAAAAGGUACCAAGAUGACCACAGCAUUAGAAGAGCAUGCGAGUUUUUACUUUCCCAUCAACAACUUUCUGGUGGGUGGGGAGAAAGCUAUCUUGCAUGUCAACAAAAGGUUUACACGAAUUUAGAAGAAAACAAGUCUCACGUAGUGAACACUGCAUGGGCAAUGUUGGCACUCAUUGAAGGGGGACAGGGUCAACGAGAUCCAACCCCAUUGCAUCGUGCAGCCAAUGUUUUGAUCAAUUCACAAAUGGAAAAUGGGGAGUUUCCCCAACAGGAAAUCAUGGGAGUGUUCAAUAGGAAUUGUACUAUCAGUUACUCUGCCUAUAGAAACAUAUUUCCAAUAUGGGCCCUUGGAAAAUAUCGAAGUCGUGUAUUGUGUUGUCCUAACAAGUAAAGGGUGGAGAGCAAGAACAUAAUAAUGGUGUACAUUACGCAUCAUGCACACAAAUUAUAAUUACGAUUCUGUGUUUGAAGUACUAGAGAACAUUGCCUGGUUUACCCUGACAAAAUUUCUCACUAUCAAAACUGGUUUCUUCUUCGAAGUCAUUAUUAAAUCACAAAAGUAACAAUUUUCACAUUCGGUAUUAUUUGCACCUUUCAGAAACAUAACAAAAUCAGUCUUUCUGUUAUUCCAAAUAUGAUAGUAAAUGUCUUAUACGGAGAAUGUUACUUCAGAUAAUUAUACACCUCUAGCAAUUCUAGAAAAUGAUAUUCACUUAAGAGAAAAUAAUUACAAACCCAGGCCCAGAAAAGAAUAUCAAUAAGAUGCAAUAAACAUUUGGAAAAGAAGAAAAUGUUUUCCCCAAAAUUGUGUUUCAUGAACCAAGAAAAUAAAUUUGGAAUCUCACCACAAGUAUACCCCAUUUUGAUCAAUAUGGGUAGUUGAUAAUAUAUCCAUGCUUGAGGACAGAGAUAAUGCUGUGAUAGGUAUAUCAACAUGUAUUGCAUCUAACAUGUUAACGGAUUAACUUUGUGAAUGGUAGGAUCAAACCUAUUGGUAAUUGUUUUACAAAACGGUAGAAGUCACCACAAGUGCAUAACUCGUCACAGUCUGAUAUCAAUAUAUG